AUGACUCGCUCUGACCCCACCCGCCAGCGCUCGACGGGACUCUUUUCCCUCGCCAUCCUCCUCUUGCUCGUCCUGUCCAUCCAAGUGCCCUCGACGAGCGCACAGGGGCUCUUCUCAAGCUCCGAGAGCAUCUUCAAAAAGGUAACCACCCCGCUCGAAGGGGUGGUUGAGCAGCGCAUGUCCGACUACAGCCACUUUGCCGCGGCGCCGCCGACCAUCGAGGCGCUGCGCGCGCGCGAACCGCGUUUCGCCGAAUCCCUCCCGCAAACCCGCCUGGCCAUUAUCGACAAGAUCUGGUAUCCCGGUCGCUUCGAAGCGUCCGGCCAGCUGACGAUCGCACACCAGAACGUCUUUGGCAUCCGACGCGAGCUGGACGAGGUCAACGCCGCCCUCAAGAGCCGGAUCGAGUACCGAAGGUUCACCUACUACCGCGACGUCCUCGAUGAGGCAGAGGGACGAGUCGGCAAUAUCCGCCAGGUCGUGUCCAACCUCCGUGACCUGGCUGGCAGGGUGCCGCGUGGUGAGAACCGCAUUCGAGCGCGCGGCGCAAUCAACCAGGCUGCGGAUGAGCUGGCAGAGGUCGCCACUGCCCUCGAGCGUCAGAUCUGGCAGCGCAUCAACAUGAUCGAGUACGCCCGCGUCGCGGCCGAGGGCAGGGGCGAGGACGUCCUCAAGCUGAGCCACCUGACAAAGGACCAGGUCUCCCAGCUCAAGCGCAUGGCGAGGCAGGGCGACCGCUGGCGCGGCCCGGACUCUCCGUGGACUCCGAAAGCAUGGCAAGGUCGCGGCGACGUCCGCUAUGCCAAUCGUCAUGGCGGCAGUCAGACGCGCUACGGCACCGCCGACGACGACAGCCGCGACGCCGACGCCGUUGGCGAGCACAUCUUCAUCACCCACGACGUCCAUGACGACGGAUCAGGCGUCGAGGUCGACGAAGAGGGCAGUAGGAUGCGCCGAUCGCUGCAAGUGACGUUCUCAGAGUGCGUCGGGACGUUCGAGAAGGUUUCGGCGGCCCGCGGGGAGGAGCUCCGGCCCCGAUCGGAUCGAGGUGUAUCCGAGGAUACGUCUGAGCAGAACGACGCCGCCGCCGCCGACCGAGAGACGGUGGAGGAAAUGGUCGAGCAGCUCAUCGAACGGCUCUACCGUACCAGUCGAGACUUGUUCGCGUACCGCCACGUCGAGACCUCGGUUUCCCUCGGCGAUGAGUGA